AUGCUGAAUGGAAGGAGUGAGGUGAUGGAGAGGAGAGGAGGUGCGGAGUCGGAGGACAGCGGGAGCAGAAGGGGACGCAGCAGGAGUGUCCUCCGCAGCAUCGACGGCGGGGGUGACUCACUAUCAGAGGGACAGCUAAACACAUCAAAAGGGUGUAAACGGAAGGCAUUUCGCAUCCGGAAGUUGUACGGAGCACACAUGUCGUCCCAGGCUGGUGAGCUAACUGACGCUGCAGCGUUAUUAAAUAAUAUUUUGGCGUCAGCAGAAUCGAUAAGAACGCUGGCGAAUGCAACCACUACCGGAGCAACCAGGCAACAGCCAGUUGCCUCAGGUGCCGACCCCGUGGAGACUCGUCUCAGAACUUUGUUUCCUUCUGGUGGCCGCAGCAGCCGUAGCGGGCAGCCACUGGCAGCGGCUGGUCCUGUCCGGACUUCGGUGCCGCGUUACCAGGCACAGUGCUUCGGCACAUGGACAACAGGCACAAGGAGAAAAAGAGCCCUAGCACAGCAGCAUGACCAUUUCAACAAAGACGUGAUACUUCUUCCCAAUCCAUCAUGGGGAAUUGUCUGCAAACAAGGCAAAAAAGUAUGGCUACACAAACAUGGACACAUCCUCAGUGCCUUUGAGUUCCAGAAGGCCUGGAACCACCAGACUGUAAUACAACGCAUCCGGGAAGGAUUUGGUGAGCGUAUUCCUGAAGAUGUCAGCCUCCAGUUGCUGAUGGCUUGUGGCAGUAAACUGGUGUGCCCUAAGCUCCAAAAGGGUCAGGACCUGAGUGCAAUUCUCAUUCAAAAGGUUUACAAAACUAAAGUUCUUUAUGUAAAACCAUCAAGGACGCUUUUGGAUGACAGUGAAGAUGAAAACCAGCAUUCAAGGGCUAAUAUUUGCAUUAGCAGUGAAGAAGACUGCCCUGCCACGAGCCCCAACAGUGGGGAAAGACAAAACUGGAAACCUGACACAAGAGGUCCUGAGAGUGAUCCUGAUGGAGUGUGCCUUGCAGGAAGUGAUGGUAUCCCUGGCACUAGUGGUCCUGAGGGUGGUCCUCCUGGCUCAAGCAGUACAAGAGGCAUAUUUGGUCCAGAGGAAGUCUGUCUUUCAGGACACAGUGGAAAAAGCAGUAUUGACGAGGACAACUACUCUUCUUAUUUAACCCUCGUCGCUACCAUUUCUGGUGAUAGCUCUGAGGAUGAAGGAUUGCAGCAGGCAAUAGUUGCCAGUAUGGAGAGCCGCAUUAGUGAGAAUGUUCCUGCGAAGAAGAUACUGAUGGAACUGGCCAGCAAAAUUAACGUAAAUCAGCGGUGCAGAUUUAACAUUAAUAGAUCUGCUGUUUGGGAGGGGGCCAUUCGGGGCUUCAAGAGAUCGUCCUAUGAGCCCAACCUGAUGAUGUCUGUGAAGUUCUCAGAUGACAUGGGAAAAACCGAGGAAGGAGUUGAUUUAGGGGGUCCAAGGAGGGAAUUCUUGAGGCUCCUAAUGGAGAGCAUUGCAAAGUCCUCCAUGUUUGAGGGAACAGAAAACAGCAAAAACAUUGCUCUCAACAGUACCGCUCUAAGAGAGGACUGGUACUAUAUGGCAGGGAGAGCCAUUGCAAUAAGUUUGGUACAUGGUGGUCCCUCUCCAAACUUCCUCUCACCAGUAGUAUUUUCUUUACUGGCUGGCGUUUCACCAAAUCCAGUGCUAGAAGACAUAGCUGAUCCAGACCUCUUGGAAAAAGUCAAACAGGUAUCAGAAAGCACAACCAUUGAGGACCUUGAGAAGGCAAAGGCACCUCUGCUUGACUACUUGGCCAAUGCAGGAUGUCUGAGGCCUCUCCGGUCAAUCAGAGACAGGGAUCUGCUGGUACAAGACAUAGUAAUGUUUCAGGUCAUCCACAGGGUUCAAGGUCCAUUUCAAAGAUUCUGUGAAGGACUGAAAACUCUUGGGGUUCUGGAGAAAAUCCAGAAACAUCCAGACAGUUUUCGCCCCCUGUUCUGCCAUGAACCGAGCACCCUGACUGCUGAACAGGUGGAUGAUCUUUUCACCAUUCGGCUGUCACCAGGAGGAAGCAACAAGAGAGUUGCAGAAGAAGUGGUGGUUACCUACUGGAGAGACUAUCUUCAAGAUGCAGAAGAAGAACAAGGGCCAUCUAAACUUCAGAAGGUAUUGGCCUUUGCUACUGGCGCGUCUGUUGUCCCUCCCAUCGGGUUUUCACCAAGUCCAUCUGUGGAGUUCAUUCAUCAGGGACAUGAUGACUUUUCUCCCACACCCAUGUUUCCGACGGCCAACACAUGCAUUAACUGCAUCAGGUUGCCUAUCCAUGUUUCAUUCCAGGUCUUCAAAGAAAAGUUUGACUUUGCUUUAGACAACACCUAUGGAUUUGGCAGAGCCUGA